UAAAAGAUCCAUUCGUGGAAUUGCAGAAAUGGGGGUGUCGGCGCCUGAGUGAGGCGGCGAUCGAUGUGUUUCUCUUGCCGGCUUGUUUGCUCACUACGUUUAUUGAUCCCUAUGAUCUAGGGAUGAAUUCUGGGGGGCGGUCUAGGGAGCUUAAUAUCGAUAAGAUGAAGUGUGAUACAAUCCAUUUGUUGAAGGCGAUUGCGGAUUGAUUGGACGGGGAGUCUGGGUUUUACGAGUUGGAGAACCAGCAGAUUGCGAAGUGGUUGAUGGACUGGGCCUCGACCGGAGGACGGUACACUUACGAGUUCAUGUUUGACGAAUCUCCAGAGUCGGCGACGGAAGAGAAGGAACUUCGGGCAAUGGAGAUACUAGACGAGGAAGCUAUUUUGAAGAUAUGGGAGACUCCGGGGGCGACAAAAGAAGACAAGGAAGAACAUUUGCGCAUGUUGGGUUUCCUUCUACCGCGCGACAUCGAAAAGAUUGCUAUUUCACAUUAUUGGGAUUUCUGGCUGGUACCAGAUCCUGAGCCUGGCGACCGUACUGAACUCGUCGCCCGCGGUAUUGGCAACACACCUCUGGUUCCGGGGUACCUCAAGCAGAAGACCGACAAAUUUAUCCGACUCAUUCACAACACUCACUUGGUGGAAUGCCGUAUGACCAGAGACUCGGACUCAGAGUACGGCUGGUAUACUGUUGCAAGGCACGUCUAUUACCUAAUUCAAGAUUAUCUCUUCACUCAAAACUCAAAUUCGAAGCUCGAGCUUGAGCAGUUCCUGCGUACUGUGGAAGCUGGCGGCUACAACGGCUCGACGCUCGGCGUGUGGAUCGAUCGGAAGAUCCGCGGUGAAUGGGAUGUCGUCAAGCGCAAGGACCCACCGCUCCUCCCUCAUCUCCGGAAACGCGCUCAAUUUCUUAUCAGGCAAUUUGCGGCGCUCAAAUCGGGUUCCUGGGUUCAAGGUUGGUAAGCCAACCUCGGUGGCGAAGAUUUGGGACCUCGAAGAUUACCUGUGGGGGAUAAAUCUGCGUGGUAUCGCUCCCGAAGAGGAAUAUGAGAUCAUAUGCAUCAUCGACAUGCCGGGACACGAAGUGUGGUCCCAAUACAAAACUUGGCGGACCCCCAAGGCAUGGAAGGAAGGCAAAUUGUUCGAUAUCAAGCUCGUGCUUGCAGUGCUCAUCGCCUCGUUCAUCCACCCGGAGGAUCUCGUUGCGAAAUUCGCCAAGUGGUCCAAGAAGA